GCACCCACGGCUAUUGUCGGCACCGCUUGUUCCAAGAUGAUCGAGCGCAACAAGCCGAAGCUGCUUUGAGACCUCGGGUUACCUGGGGCACUCGCAUUGAGCUCUGCGCUUUCCUCCUCUGCCACCAACUUCGCGUUCUUCUCCUUCUCUCCAUGAACAUCCAAUUGAUACCCCAAGCUUGAAAUCCACGUCACAAAGCUUCAGUCAUCCAUCAUGCGUUCCAUGAAAGCGAAGCACCGGCUCGUCCGACCCCUCCCUCGGCUCCUCUCCACUGCCGCUGGCCAGAAGGUGCCGGCUUCGAGCCAAAUUACACCCAUUACCUCUCUCCUUAUCGCAAACCGUGGCGAGAUUGCUCUGCGAAUCCACAAGACUGCGGACAGGUUAGGAAUCAAGACGACGACUAUCUAUACAGACCCCGACAGCAACAGCCAGCAUGCCGCGUGCUCCCCGCAUUCCUUGAACCUGGGCGACGCAAGAGCGUACCUAGACGGCGAACGCAUCAUCUCCCUAGCCAAGAAGAACGGCAUACAAGCCCUUCAUCCUGGCUACGGCUUUCUGUCUGAGAACUCUCGAUUUGCCGAGAGAUGCGAAAAGGAGGGCAUCGUCUUCGUUGGGCCUCCGGCGCAGGCAAUGACCGAUAUGGGCGACAAGGCACGAAGCAAGAUCAUUAUGACCGACGCCGGCGUCCCCUGUGUUCCAGGGUACCAUGGCUCCGAUCAGGGGGAGGCACAACUAUUGGAACACGCAAAGAACAUCAAGUUCCCAGUGCUGCUCAAGAGUGUCAAGGGCGGUGGUGGAAAAGGAAUGCGCAUCGUUAUGACCGAGGACGAGUUUGCCGCCCAGCUUGGUAGUGCUCGUGCCGAAGCCCGCGCAUCCUUUGGCGAGGGUGGCGAGGUCAUGUUGGUGGAGAAGUACAUUGUGCGCCCUCGCCAUGUUGAGGUGCAGGUGUUUGCGGAUAAGCUGGGCAACUGCGUUGCUCUAGGGGAGCGUGACUGCAGUGUACAAAGACGACACCAGAAGAUUCUUGAGGAGUCUCCAGCGCCGGAUUUGGACGAAGAAACUCGUCUCGAUCUUUGGGAGAAGGCCAGGAAGGCUGCUUUGGCCGUCAACUAUGUUGGCGCUGGCACUGUUGAGUUCAUUCUCGACAAGGACACUGGCGACUUUUACUUCAUGGAGAUGAACACCCGAUUGCAAGUCGAGCAUCCCGUUAGUGAAAUGGUCACCGGCACCGAUCUCGUCGAAUGGCAAUUCCGCGUCGCUGCUGGGGAGAAGCUACCUAUGACACAGGAGGAGAUUGUGGAGAACAUCAAACAGCACGGUGCAGCCAUUGAGGCUCGUAUCUAUGCCGAAAAUCCGGAGAAGGGCUUCAUGCCCGAUUCAGGCAAGUUGAUUCACCUCACCACGCCGAAGACGAACGAGGACAUUCGCAUCGACGCCGGCUUUAUCCAGGGUGAUACUGUCUCGGAAGCCUACGAUGGCAUGAUUGCCAAGUUGAUUGUUCGCGGCAAGGACAGAGAAACAGCUAUCCGCAGGCUAGAGCUGGCUCUCCGUGAGUAUGAGGUAGUCGGUCUCAGCACCAAUAUCGAGUUCCUUAAACGUCUUUGCCGAUCCCCAGCUUUCAUAGAAGGCGAUGUCGAGACAGGGUUUAUCGACAAGUGGAGAGAUGAGCUCUUUAAGCCGCGGCCAAUCCAUGACGAAGUAUUUGUCCAGGCUGCCCUCAGCUCGUUAUCCCCACAACUAUCACAUGCUGCUCCCCAUGGAGGUAGCUUAGGCUUUGGCGAGGCCAGCACCCUCAGCGAGCGCAAGUUUGCCUUCAAGGUGCUCGAUUCAUACAGUGAGCAAGAGGGAGAAGUUGUGGAAGUCAGCAUCACACAGAAGUCCCAUCAACUCUUUGAGGCGCGCGUAACAAGGAAAGGAGAGGAGCCACCCAAGGUUUUCGAGAACCUCAUCAGCAAAUUUCAACCAAGAUCGUCGUCAACAAAUGCGUUGACAACGUUCUUUCCCAACGAGAGAUUGGAGUCGACGGUUGUGCAGAAUGCACAGAAUGAGCAGGAUACCAAGAUUGCUGUGUUCCAACAUGGCAUCAAGACCGAGCUUUCUCUUCUGCCACCAAGCUGGUUCGAGAAGGCCCUCGGUUUGAAGGAGGUCACCGCGUCUGUCGUUGCACCAAUGCCUUGUAAGAUUCUGAAGAACGAAGUGGAAGAAGGGCAAGCCGUAGCUAAGGGAGCCCCGUUGGUUGUUAUCGAGUCUAUGAAGAUGGAGACUGUUAUUCGGUCACCCCAAAACGGCGUGGUAAAGAAGCUGGCGCAUAAGGAAGGCGAUAUCUGCAAAGCCGGAACGGUCUUGGUACAAUUUGAGGAAGAAGCUACAGAAGAGUCAUGAGCGGGCGGUGAUCGAUUUACAAGAGAAAGGGAUACUGGUUUGAAGUUUACACAGCGACUAGGCUAAGAUUAACGGUUCGCUUCUAUUGCAGAGGAUAGGUACUUGUGCCAAGUCCUAUGUCGACCCAAAUAUGCCUACUCAGAGUGUUCCCCUUUAAACACAAUCAGUGGAAGCUCUUCUCCAGAUAAACACUCAGUUUCUCCAGGCCUUCUUUCAGCACUUCUGUCCGACAUACGUAACCGAAGCGCAUUUGGCCCUUGAAGUCAACGCCCUCACCAAAACAGGUAGACCCAGGCAUGAUCAAAACCCCAGUCUCUUUGAGAAGUUCAAGACAGAACUCGUCAUCUCGAACUGGUUCAUCGCCUCUUCGAAAACCAAUCAUUGCCGUUGUACCGGCUGUGGGCUUAACCCAGGAGCAAACAGACUGGUGCUUCUCGAUAAAGGUCUCGAGGAUCUCAAGGUUUGUCCUGGCAAGCUCGAUGUUUCUAUUGAUGAGGUUUGGUCUGACCGCAUCCGAGAGAGCAUAGCCGGCCACUUGAUCGUCAAGUUGCGAGACGCUGAUGGUCGUGUAGUUCCGCGCACUCUUGACGGCCUCAAUGAUUCCAGGGUCUCUCGAUGCGAUCCAUCCCACGCGGAUGCCGG